AUGCUAGUUGAUGAAAACAGUAGGAAUGAUAAGAAGAAAUCCAAGGAAAAGGCAACAGAUGAUGAAAGCGACAAUGAAGAUAAUAAGAAAAAAACAAAAGGAUCUAGCUCGUCAGAUGAAAGUAGCGAGACUGAGAAAACGAAGAAAUCAAAGAAACCGGAGACAACUGAUGAAAGUGAUGAUAACAAAAAGAGGAAAAAGAAAAAAAUGGCGAAGCGUUCAACCUCAUCAGACGAUGAAAGCAGUGAUGAUGAUAAGAAGAAAAAAAAUAAGAAGGAGAAACGUUCCAAUUCGUCGGAUGAUGAAAGUGGUAGUGAUGAUGGCAUGAAGAAAAAAUCUAAAAAACAGUCCACAGAUGACGAAAGCGAUGAGAGAAAGAGAAAAAAGAAGAAAAAGGCAAAGCGUUCUAGUUCCUCAGAUGAUGAAAGCAGCGAUGACGAUAAGAAAAAGAAACAAAAGAGCAGACAUUCUUCUGACAACGAAAGUGAGAGCGAUAGUAAGAAGAAAAAGAAGUCUGAAAAAAAGGGAAAAACUUCCACUUCAUCAGAUGAUGGAGAUAGUGACCGCACAAAAAAGAAAAAAUCUAAAGAUAAGGAAAAAGCGAAGUGGCGUAAAGAUAAGCUUCUUACUUCGAAAUUAUCUGAAACUGACUCCGAGGAGGAAUUGGAAAAACAUAAGAAAAGACGCGAAAAAAAGAAAUCGGAGGCACAUCAUAAUUGGGCAGAUGAGGAUCAUCAGAAAAGUAGUACAAAAGUUAAGAGGUAAUUUAUUGUGUUAGUUGUCUUGUUAUACCCAUCGCUUUUACUAAAAAGACUAUCCCGCGGUGAAAGCUCUUUCUGUCAAGACCAAUUAUAUGAAAAUCGGUUAAUCUAAAUCGAAUUUACAUUCAAUUCCUUUAAGAGACGUUCCCCUUUCCCCACCCGUCAUAGUUUAUGAGCUAGCGCUUCAUCACAUGAUGCAAAAUCAUGCAAGAUUGCGAUGUAUGCAUUUUUUAUGCAUGUUUGUUGGGUAUAU